GGACACUCGAUUCGACAUGGCAUACCACAGCGUCGGCGUGCGCAGCCGCGCCCAGCACGCGGCGCAGCGCAUUGAACAGCUCGAGUCGAUCGACAAGCGGCACUGGCGGCUCGAAGAGAACGCAGACGACAACAAUCAUACGGUGUGUGUGGCCAUCCUUUCGUCGUACAUUGACACAAGCUUACGGCAAGCCAAAUACCACCACGGAUUCCACAAAGCGGUGCUAUGCGUCGAGAUUUUCAAGCACAUGCUGUUCAAUCUGGACCGAGAGGCGCUGUCGCCCCUGUUUGUGUACUGCGAUGCAAUGGAACGAUUCAUUGAGUCACUGUACAAGGCCAAACCCCUCGACAGCAACGGGGCACUGCCGUCGCCAACCAAGGCAAUUGAGUCCUCACCUCGACUGAGAAAACCCCGCGUGGCGACCAUGCCACUGCCAGCAAGCCUUCCGCCGACCAAACCGAAGCGCUUUAUCGAGCUGCCAAAGCAGGAACAGCAUGUCCUUCACGUCGCGUUCUACCUCAAGGACGUUUUGACAAAAUUGUCAGGCGGCGCAUGUGCAAAGCCUGCAGGCAAGUUUCAGUCCCAUCGCAAACCGAUGGACGCAUCGUUGCCAGUGGCGGCGGAUGCCCUUCCGCUCGACUUGGCGCGGGAACUUCGCGCCAUCAAGACGAAGCUACGCAAGAAUGAAUUCUUCGCAGACUUGCCUAACUUGAUUGCCGAUGCAGGGAAAGCAACGAAAGUCGGGGACUCUCGGCAGGCCAACACCCACCAAGCGUUCUCGAGCUUUUUCCUGUGUCUCCACGAAGUAGUCCGGAGCACGUCGUACCACAGCAUCGAGCUUGCCGACGGCGCAUUUGAUCUCCUCGGGGAAGUCCUCCGCGCGAUUCAAGACUACAUUGUCGAAGUCGUUGGUCAGCGCAAGACGCGCCGGUCGCGGAUUCGUGUCUUGCGCGCGCAGCGCCAGCAACUACGAGCACAGUUUGGCACGAUGGAAGCGGAGACUCAAGGCAUCGCCCAGGAAGCGAUCAAGCUGUCGACCGUGCUCAGUGCGAUCGAGUUGGAGCUAAACGUCCUUCGCGACGAAUGCGACUGGCACGCGCACAACAAGCGUCUUUUUCUCGACACGAUUCGCGCCUUGCGCAACGCAUGCGACCAGCCACCUCUCGUCUUUGUCAAUGCGGACGGCGUGAGCAAAGUGCUGCAGCCUGGCACAGCCAUCCUCCGCGUCGAGAACAUUCCGCACAUCCGGUACCUGGUGCAGCUCCUCGCGCUAUCGAGAAGUUUUGCCCACGUUCGUCUCAACGAUCCGCGCGUGAAUGAGGCCAACCCGGCUCGGAAGCUCUCGAUGAGUAAACUCAACCACCAAGGCCGGGCCGAAACACUUAAGAUGCACUUGAUGAACCAAAGACCGCGUGAUCAUGGCGACGCCAUGGCCAACAACAGCCCACCACCUCACGUGAGCGACGCACCGACGGGGGCAGACAAAGGUGCGAACGCACCAAGCGCAUUACACAAGGUCACGGAAGCCGAGCUGACGGCGCUGUCGUCCAUUCACGAAUGCCUUCGAGCGGUCGAAGUAUUCAUGGGCGACGAAGCUCGACGGAGCUUGUUGCGGACAACCUCGACAGCGUCCCAAAUUGACGUGUGUGCGCACUUGGAAGACCUCCAAAAGAAUGCCGAUAGCGGACAUGGUCAUGGCGCUUCGAGUCGGUCCAACGACGGGCCAAUCUGUUUGGUCCGCGAAGUCGCCAAGUUGCCAGAGCCAUGGCGAUCCGCGUUCCCGUCCAUCCACGAAGAUGAACUCGUCACGCUUCUGUCGAAAGACGACAUGCUUCACGAUGUUUCAUCCAUCUACGCUGCUUAUGACGACAUGCUGGUGCGACCGAGCCACACGGACGACACCACCCCCACCAUCAGUUUUCCAGCAUUCGUCACGUCGUACUAUUUGGUGCAUCCUCGCAACGCCAUCAUGGACCCGACGCCUUCAAACCAGUCGAUUGCAGACGAAACCCGGCACGGUCCUGCAUGGGCCAGUCUCGAAUGCGCCCGCCUGCUCGUGUCCAUCCACAGUCAUGUUCAAGGCGCGGUCAGCCUCGACUGGCUAGGGUACUUUGCCGUGUUCACAGGACUAUCCAAGACGCUGACGUUGCCGCUGCCGCGGGCGCUCGACGCCUUUCUCGUCGCCCGCCGCAUGCUGCUUGCGACAACCGUGAUGCGCCAGCGCCACGCCGACCCGACGACGGUCGAUGUGAUUUGGGUCAUGGCCAAGGACAUCACGCUCCCCAGUGCCGCGUACACGCUUCACGGGACAGCCGUCAAAAUUCUCUCCUCGUUCACGCGAAGCCCAGGUACCUGUGGAGACGUCCCAUGCACAAAACGCGUGCACGUGAUGGCCGUAGAUACGUACUUGAAUGUGCUGGAGGAUAAGAGCACGAGCGUCGACUUGUUUACGGAGGACGACGUCGGGAAUCGCGAGGUCAAGGCCGCGCUCGUGCUGCACGUGGACACAGCAUUGCUUGUGCUCAUGCAGGCGUGGGUUCGGGAGCACCACCAUACCCUGGCCGUGCUGGAAAAUGUUUUUGCCGCGACGUUGAACAACGACGACGACUCGAUGUCGUACGGCGAAUUCGUCACAACGUGGGGCUUUAUCGACCCAUCUGUACCCGUUGGUCGCCUUGGCACGAUCUACGCUCGCGCCGCGCGGCAUGAGACGGCCAGCUUAUGCGGGGACGCAUCCACGUCACGCUUGAUUCACACGUUGUACACAAGCGAUGCCUUUGCAGAGCUCAAAAAGCCAUGGCUCCACAUGUCGGCCAUGCACGUGGCAAAUCCGCAGCGGUCGUGGGACGACGGCAUCGACGGCCUCGUGGCGAUGUGGAAAGCGACACGUGAAAGAGUGCUCGAUCGGGUGAGCGACUUGAAAAACACGAACCAGGUCAACUUGACCAUGGUCCACACGUGCAUCGAACGGCAGCACAAGUUUGAACGCCUUUUGGCCAUGGCGUCCGCUGCCGACUGCGAUGACGUGGCGGCGGCGGUCGAACGCGCGUGGUUUGCGUACCAUUUUUUGCAGCAGGACAUCCACGCGACGACGCACGCGAUCCUGAAGCAGCAGAAGAUUCACAAGAAACCACAUCACUGGGCCCUGACACCAGCCACCGCCAUCCAAGCGACGCCGUCGCCGCGAAAGGCAGAUGCGACUGCCACCGAUCGACGCAACUCGAUUCCCCACCUGCAGCACAGCUAA